AUGAAACAACAUAAUCAACGUGAUCAUUCAAUUGAAAAAAAACAUAAUCGUUCAAAUUCUAAAAAUAAUAAUCGUCGUCAUUCAAAUGAUCAAAAAUCAAAUGAUAAUAAUAAAAAUGGGAAUUUAAAUGGUUCAAAUGAUUCGGUUUCUUCAUCAAUUAAUCAAUUAAAUGAUGAUUCUUUACAAUGUCAUUUUAAAGAUCGUUUAUUAUUUUUAAUUUUCAAUUCAAUUGGUUCAAAUGUUUUAAUUUUAACAAAUUCAGGUUCUUUACAAAAAGGUAUUUUAAAAACCAUUGAUCCAUUAACUUUAAAAUUAAUUAUUAAAUCAAAUGAUGAUGAUGGAUUAUUAAGUUUUAAUUAUGAAGAUUUAUUAGAAUUUGAAAUUGAAGAUGUUGAUUUAUUUAAUACUAAUUACCAAUCUUCUACAAAAUCAAAUUUUAAAACUGAUCAAGAUAUUGGGAAUCAAAACAAUUCAAACAAGAGAUCUGAAAUUGAAAAAUGGAUCCCUGAUGAACAAUCUCAAAACUUACAAUCAUUAUCAUUAGAAGAUGAUGAUGGAUCACAAUGGGAUCAAUUUCAAAUAAAUGAAGAAAAAUUUGGUAUUAAAUCUGAAUUUGAUGAACAUUUAUAUACAACAAAAAUCAAUAAAAAUGAUCCAAAAUAUCAUGAAAAAUUAGCAAAAGCUGAUAAAUUAGCUCGUGAAAUUGAAAACCAAGGAUUUAAUGGUAAUUAUCAUUUAGCUGAAGAACGUGGUUUAAAAUUUGAUGAUAGUGGAAUUGAUGAAGAAGAUAAAUAUAGUGGUGUUGAUAGAUCUAUUGAUAAAAUUGAUGCUAAAGGUGAUGCCCUUUUCCAAUCUUUAAUUAAUAAAGAUUCAAAAGAUUUCCAAUUUGGUAAUCAAGGUAAAACAGGUUCAAGAUAUUUACCACCAAGUCAACGUGGGAAUUUACAAAAUAUUGAUCCUUCAAUUAUUUCAUCUACAAAGAAUCAAAAUGAAAAAGAGAAUAAAGAAUUUAAUAACAAAUCAAAAGAUUUAAAUAAAAAUCAAUUAAAUUUAUCUUCAAUUCCUUCAAAACCAAUUAUUUCAAAACAACAAAAUUUGAAUUCAAAUUUAAAUUUAAAAAAAUCAAAUAUUGAAAAUUUAAAAAAAAUUAAUACAUUAAAUGAAAUUAAUUCAUUGAAAGAAUUUUCUCAAACUUUUAAAAUUCCAACAAAAUUUAAUAAAAAAGUUGGAACAACUGUUGAAAAGGAAAAGGAAAAGGAAAAAAUUGAGAAACCUGUUGAAAAAGUUGAAAAAGUUGAAAAGGUUGAAAAGGUUGAAAAGGUUGAAAAACCUGUUGAGAAACCUGUUGAAAAGCAAGUCGAGAAAAAGGCUGAAAAACCUGUUGAAAAACCUAUUGAAAAACCUGUUGAAACUAAUUCAACACCACGUAUUAAUAAUAAAAAACUUGGUGAUCCUGCAAAAGUUUCAACUUUUAAAUUAAAUCCAAAAGCUGCUUCAUUUACUCCAAGUGCUACAGCAUCACCAUCAACAAUUCAUUCAAAUAUUUCCACUCCAAUUUUCAAUAAAAAUUCACCAAAAUUAAUUAAUAACCAUCAAUAUCAACCAAAAAGAAGAAAUUUUAAUAAUUUUUUUUCAAAUGAAAAAUUAUCAUCAAUUGAAAAAAGACAAAAUAAUCCAGAUAAAGAUAAUUUUGAUUCAAAAUUUAAUUUUUUUAAAGGUUGUAUUGAUGAAUUUAAUAAAAAAAAAUUAGAACAAGAAAAAUUAUUAUCCCAGGGAAAAGAAUUAGAUGAAAAACCUUUAACUACAUUUUAUUUAGAAAAACCUUAUCAAACUCCACCAACUUGGGUUAAAGAUGAAGGUAUUGAUAAACCUUUCAAAUCUUUAUUUAAUGAUUUAGAAUUAAAAUCAAAUUCCAAAAAUCAAAGAUUUUUCCCACAAUCAACUCCAUUAUCAACUCCAAUUCAAUCAUUCCAAUCAAUUCCAAUUAUUCAACCACAAACUCCACAAAUGUUUUAUCCACCUCAACCUUUUAUUCCAAAUCAAUAUUUACAAUUAUCUCCACAACAACAAAAUCCAAAUAUAGCUCAAUCACCACCAUCAUCAUAUUCACCUUAUCAACAACAUCAAAGACCUAUUUUCACAAAUCCUCAACAACAUAAUAAUAAUCCUGCAAUUGCUCAAGCCCAGGCUCAAGCUGCUGCUAUACAAGCUGCACAAUCAGGUUAUCAAUAUCAACCAAAUAGAUUUAAUGGUCCUCCACCUCCUCAUAUUGCACCACCACAUGUUGGAGCUCCUCAUCCAAAUUCUAAUCAUGGUGGUUAUUAUCCUCCACAACCUUCAAAUGGAUUCCCAAAUCCUGGUAUACCAUUUAAUCAAAUGAAUUCUUCAUUACCACCUUCUGGUCCUCAAGGUGUUGCAAAUGGUCCUCCUCAUCCUAUUCCACAAUCACAAGGUCAUUCAAAUAGAGGUUAUAAUAAGAAUCGUUGA